AUGGUAGCGCUGUGUGACGGAGGCCCAGGCCAGGCGGUCAUCGGCGGUUUCGAUCACACAAACCGGACCAUCGGACUGAUGUACGCAUGCUUCGUUGUGGACGUACGCGGCCCCGGCCGAGGGCAUGGGGACCCUGUCCGGGGGGCAGCGGUUGUUGCGCCGCCACAGACGAGCCGGCCAAAUCUGGGGGUCCGGUAUGAAACCACGUGGAAGUGGUCCCAGAACCUGUUGGAACCGGGCGCCGGGGUCCGGGUGAACCACACGGAAGCCCACAAGUUCGCCGUCGAGCCCUGGGGCGCAGGAAGGAGCGGAACGACCGACGCAUGGUCAGGCCGCUCCGUUUGCGACCAGUUCGGGGCUGUGUCGGUAGUCUACGUGUGCGGGUUCAGUGGUCUAACGGAGCUGGUCCACUCCUGCAAGGGGCGGCGGGGUCGAAUCAGGCAAUUCGACAUGUUCGGAAACGUGAUAGGUAACAGCGGGUUAGUGAUGUCCUGCCAUGCCGCCGGCAUCCGCGUCCCCCGUCAGAAGUUUGAUCCGGAUGGCCUUGACCGUUGGACCGGCCACGCGAGGCUUUACCCCCCCGACGACUCGAGCCUGCACACAGACCUCGGGCACAAGUUCAUGGAGCCUGCCAGGAUGUCCCUAACAGCAGGCGCCGCGAACCCUGCGUCGGGUGUGAACGACGAGGAAACCAUCACCAAAACCUGUGUGGGGGGCAGGUGGGUACCCGUCAACGCGUCCGCCGACGCCACGGUGCGACGGAUCAACCUAAAACUGCGGCGCCAGUUGGGCCUCAACAGCGAGUCGCUGACCAGACUCGACGCAAACGUGUCCAGCUGGGAGAACAACUGCGCCCGCCGUGGGGUGCCAUACGUCAUCGUCGCCUGUGCAGUGGGACCCCGCCUUUCCUACUGGACUGUGUGUUCGAACGCUGGGGAGUCGACCUACUGGAACCACGUGGGAAUGCCAGGGGUGGCCGCCACUGAGGGGGGCGGUGUACUCUACAACUGCCGGCCAGUUCGGGUUAUAGCCCCCAAACACGGGUGGGGAGGAAAGGCAGGGCCAACAAAGUUACCCGGCUGGCACUGGAUCUCGGCCACGGGAUCGCGCCCCCUCGUAUUCCCCGGCGCGCACUAUGUGCGGAGCAAGGCCGGGGAGGCGGAACGCCCGCCCGACGCGAAGGUCGUCCAGGCGGUCGUUGCCCAACCCUGGCCUGUAGGCCAGGGCACCGCCCGAGACCGGUGGGAUUCCGCGUCUUACUGCGAGCGAGCGGGCUUGCCAUCACUCGUCUAUCGGUGCGCGUUCGAUGGGAUUUAUGAACCAAUCUUCUUCUGCAGGGACAAGCUCCGUGGGUGGUGGUACGACGGUUUCGGGAACCAGUUGGCUAGUGACGGGUACAUCCACUACUGCCACGCAGCGGGGAUACGCGUGCCAGCGCGCCGUUACAAGCCCGACACCGUCGGCGGCGCUUGGUUGGCCACGCGUAAGCCUGGCGUCUGGCGGGACCUCGGACACCAUCCCACCGAGGACAACGCUCAUGGUUUCGACUCGAGCGACUCGAACCCGUGGCUGGCCCGCCGGCCAAAAUUCGCCAACUGCACCGGCGCGCCGACGAGCCGGGAGGCAAAAAAGGGGGUACACGUCCGCCAGGGCCCCCCCCCCGGGACGCAGGGGCCAAGGCAACCCGCUAGUCGCAGGUCGCAAGCUGACCCCUAA